AUGUAUCACCAUAAUCGAAGCAUCAGUUCACCUGUUAGUAACAGAAAACCUAAUAUUCCAAAUGGAACAGAAGGAACAAUAGAUAAUCAUAGUAGAAACAAACAUUCAAUUACCUUAUCAAAUACAUCUUCUGAUUCUUCUAAUUGUUCUCAUGAAAGUUCUAUGAGAGGGCAAAAUUUUUCACCAAAUAAAUUGUCAAAAGUUACUCAUAAAGAUAGUAUCACUAAAAGUAGUGUCGUAACAAAUAUUAAACAUCAAAAUUCUAAAAUAAUUAUACAAGCUGAAAGUCAUUCUGUUGAUAACGAUAUAAAAGGAUCUCACAAUAAUCCUUAUCCUUUUUCUAGAGCAAUCUCUACACAAUCAUUUGCUUUAGGUCUCAAAAAUGUAUCAUCAGAAGAACAAAAAAAUACACCACAAAUGACAUUAUAUGAAAGAACUUUAUAUUUAUUAGCAAAUGAUCCAGCACAACAAAAAGAAGUUGCACUUGGUAAGAGAAUUGGUUUUUAUAGACUUGGUAAAGAAUUAGGAGCUGGUAAUUUUUCUAAAGUUAAACUCGGUGUUCAUGUUCUUACUAAAGAAAAAGUUGCUAUAAAACUUAUGGAAAAAUCAAAGAUGGAUCAAAAAGCUCAACGUUUAUUGGAAAGAGAAAUUGAAAGUAUGGAAAUUUUACAUCACCCAAAUAUUAUUAGACUUUUUGAGUGUGUUGAAACAUUAUCAAAAACCUAUCUUAUUAUGGAAUAUGCUGGUGGGGGUGAAUUAUAUAAUUAUGUUCAUACAAAAGGAAAACUGCCUGAAGAGAUUGCAAAACCAAUCUUUGCUCAAUUAAUAUCUGCAGUUGCGCAUAUGCAUUCUAAAAAAGUGAUCCAUCGUGAUAUUAAGGCAGAAAAUGUUAUAUUUUCUCAACCAGGUUGGGUAAAAUUAGCUGAUUUUGGAUUUUCAUGUAAAAUAAAAGAAAACGUUAUGUUAAAAACAUUUUGUGGCAGUCCUCCAUAUGCUGCUCCAGAACUUUUCAAAGAUCAGGAAUAUUAUGGUCCUGGUGUUGAUAUAUGGGCAUUAGGAGUUUUGUUGUACUUUAUGCUUGUUGGUGUAACACCAUUUCGUGGUGACACAGUAUCAGAUUUGAAACAAACUAUUCUUAAAGGACAAUACAAUAUGCCUGAUUAUUUAACAACAUUUGCUCAACAUGUCAUUAACCGUAUGUUAGAUAUAAAUCCACAAAGACGAAUGACUAUUGAAGAUAUAAAAAAAACAUAUUGGUUAAAUGACGCAAAAUUUGUUGAUUCAUAUGUUCAAUGUUCUCUUCAACCUGAUGAAAAAGAACUUGAAAGUAGUCCUGUUGCAAGAACAUUAUGGAAUCAACUUCAUGAAUAUGGUAUAACAAAAGCAAUGAUGAAUGAUGCUGCUGGUAAAGGUGCUAGAAAUGCAAUUAUUGGUACAUAUAGAAUUGUAUUAUUUCAAGCACAAUUUAUUGAAAUGGAUAAACAACGAGUUAAAGUAAGAGAUCAUAUGUUACAUCUAGCAGAAAGAAAAAAAAGAGAUGAAAAACGCCAACAACAACAAAGUCGUGCUUGUAGUAUUAUGUAA